AUGAGUGCCCUCGCAGUGAACGCUGUUCGCCAGGUGGCGGGCAAGAAGAUCUCUGAGAAGAUUAAUCACAACUCUUCCGACCCCUACUACGAAAGAGUCCCCGUCUACGGCAAGGACGGCAGCGUCAUCAAGUAUAAGCUCCAAGAACGAGCACCGCCGCCGGGUCUCUCAGAACAUGACCAACAGGUCCUCAAGCGCGUGCAGAAGAAAGCCCGGCGCUUCGACACUUGCUUCAGCUGCUGCUGCGGCAUGGUCAAGUUUGGAUGGUCAAGCAUUUUCGGCCUGAUCCCUCUGAUCGGCGAUGGCAUCGAAUGGCUGAUCGCCCUCCGCCUAAUCUGGAUUGCCUCAACCAUCGACGACGGCCUGCCCAAGCGCAUCCGCGCGCAAAUGGUCUUCAACAUCGCCCUCGACUUCGCCCUUGGCUUGGUCCCGGUCAUCGGCGACAUCAUCGACAUCUACUACCGUGCUAACACCCGCAACGCCUGGCUGCUGUACGAGCACCUGGAGAAGAAGGGGCGGGCGAACGUGAACCCGGACGGCGGAAAUUCAACAGACGGGAGUGAGAGCGGGCAUGGAGAGAGCAGGCCCAACGUGAUACUACCCAAGGACCCGGAUGUUGAGUCGGGUGUCGAGACCACGUGGUGUAGGGUUGACAAAGGUAAGGAGCCUGUUAAGCCGGCCACGGUUAGUACGACGCCGGCUAGCCGAGACAGGAUGCCACCGGUCGGCAGGCUGCUGACGCCGGCACGGUGUGAGACCGGGCCGCGGCCGGGUCUGAAGGAUCCGAGGGCUGUCACCCGGUCGGGGAGGAGGUCAUAG